CAAAAGUGCAUUCAGAUUGACGAAGAUACUCUUCAAAAUCCUGCACACCCACGCGAUGGCGGGAGCAGCAAAGGAGCUAACUUUGACAUCGUCGUCAGCUGUUUCAAGCGCCACCUAGAGUUCUAUGUCAGACAGUUGAACUUUGACCUUGAGACUGGCCGUGAAUCCUCGCUGGAGAUGCUGGCCACUAUCUUCUCAUCAUUCCCACAGAAAACACUGGAGACAUAUGCAGGGAUGUUUUUUAUUCCCAUGGCAACAAGACUAGUCAACGAUGAAUCAGCUAAAUGUCGCAAGAUCACUGCAUUGGCCAUCAAGUCAUUGCUGCAGAAGUUACGGGUAGAGAAGAGAGACAAACUCUUCACCAUGGCAACCCACUGGCUCCAUGACGACAAUCCAGCCCAUCAGCGUCUUGCCUCACAGCUUUGUGGCAUCUUUGUCGAUGCCGAGGAGGAUGGCAUGUCUGCGAUGGAGACAGAUGAUACAUCUGUGGAGGAGAGACAUACAGAUCACAUGUUGUUCAACUUGCUAUCAGCGUUAGCCAAGAUGAUUAAACACUGUUCAAUCAUCGGCAACAAGGCGUACACAGACACCCUGAAUGCAAUCUGGGGUAAGAUUCCAUCCAAUCUCAUCUUCUCCAUCCGCACUCCUGGGUGCGUCUGGUUUCGGCCCAGCUCUUUGGAGACCUGUUUGCUUCUAAACAACCAGACAUCAUUGCCGAACCAUGCUGAAAGCUGCGUCUGGUACCUGGACUACAACACCUCGGCCAAUGAGCAUCGGAUGGGGAAGAAGACAAAACGCAAGAGGAAGGCUGAUGAAGAAAGGGGCGGAGUCACAGGUAAAAUGGAGGCGGUGGAGUAUCCAUUGAACCAUGGACAGGAAAUCGUCAGGGAGUUAGUCUUUACAUUUUGCAAGCAGCUUCAGUCGGCCUUGCUGAACAAAGAUCUUGGAGAUCAGGUUGUGAGAAAUCUUGUGUUCCUUGGAAAAGUCAUCCACCGUUUGUAUCCGGAUAAAACUGAGAUUUACCAAACGGAGGAGAGAUUGGACAGUGAAGAUGAAAACGAUGAUGAAAAUGAUGAAAGGACUCCCAAGCUCUCUGCAGAGCAGAAUACCACCAACACGGACAAACAAGGACUUGGACGUCGGACUCCGAGCCCCGCUGACUUGACUUGGUUCUUGAGGAGGAUGUGUCGCAUCGCUGCCUCAGAGGCAGCCAAGACACCCAAACAGACCCUGAGACGGACUUGUGUUGUCAAGUGGCUUGCUGCCAUGGCAAUGGAUGUAGGAGGAGACAGAUUGCCCAGUUAUCUGAAGCUAAUGAUGAAGCCGAUGUGUCGGGAGAUCGGCGAUCAAAAGUCACACGCAGACAACGAUCUUCGUCAGCUUUGUCAGGAAGCAUUGGAUCUCAUCAAGGGCCUUGUGGGAUUGGAGACAUUCUCUCAUGCUUAUGCCGACGUCCAAAGGGUCAUCACACAGACCAGAAUCCAACGCAAACAACAGAGGGCGCUACAGGCUGUUGCUGAUCCAGUCCAAGCAGCAAAACCUAAAGAGAAGAAGCAUCAGAACAAGAAGGAAGCCAAGAAGAGACGACUACAGCAGCUAAGACCCAGGUACCAUAUUGUCAAAAAGGCAAAACUCUCAGAUGGAACCUAG